AUGUAUUCACUCAAGCAAUCCUCCCUCCUCACCUUCCUCACUUCAGGCCUCACCAUCCUCGCCGCACCCCAAGUCACUCCACCACCACCCAUCCCAUCAAUCGCCGUCCCACAACCACACCCAGUCCCAACCCUCCCAGUACCACAACCACUUCCUCUCCCAACAGCUCCAAACCCAGGUCUUAUCCCAACCCCAAGACCGAACCCUAACCCCGACGACGACGACGACGACCAACCUCAGGAUGAACCCUCAACCACCACCACCACCCCAGCAACAAACCCCUGCCUAACCUCCCUCUCCGCCCUCUUAUCAGGUUUCCCCUCCCCCUCCAGUUCCGAAAACCCCCUCUUCCCCCCCUGGGCCUCCUCCUCCCCCCCACCAAUCCUGAUCAUCUCCUCCGCCCUAUCAAGCAACCAAUCCUUCUCCCCCGAGCUAGGCCUAGGCGACUCAACAGACGAGAUGUGCUUCUCCGCCGUGGCAGCCAUCACCCCUUCCCCUACCGAACUAGCAGCAGCCUACUCUGCCUAUCUGGACGAUGUCCAGAUGUGGAGAUUUGCUGUUGAAGGAGAGGCGUACAGGCUGGCGGAGAAGUGUGGAGGGGGGGUGGGGUUGGGGUUGGAGCUUAUGAUGGCGACGGAGGGGCCGAUGUGCACGAGUGGGAUUCGGGAGAGUGUCAGGCCUUGGGCUACCGGGGGGGUGGAGGGUGGGUUGGGUGUGAGUGCGGGUGUUGGGGGGGGGGAGAAGAUGAGGUGGGGGGUUAUGGGGGGGAUGUUGGGGUUGGUUGCGGUGGGGAUGGUGAUGCUUUAG